GAAUGCUUACCAGCUCCUCGUCUUCACCACAUUGACCAACUACUCCAAAGUGGACACCUGGAGCAAGAAGGACCGGUCCAGCUUGAAGUCUAUUCUUUACAGCAAUCACAAUGCUUUGGGUGGACUUCCGAGCGAUGAGGAUCUCCAGCGCUGCUUAGACGAGGCGCUCGGGACAGAUCGGCUGGAUCUCAUGUGCCUCGAAGACAUCAAAGCUUGGUGGGACUUGCGCCGCUACAUACAGAUAGAUUUCAUGGACGAAAGUGCCAUGAUGGACUACUGCGGUGUUCUUACCAUCAUACUUCUGAUUUGCUUUGGACUGGCCGGGGUGAUGGACUGGAUUGCUCAUGCAGAUCCCUGUUCCCCAGGACUGCUUUUGAUCCUGGUGUUGGCUGCCUGUCUCAGCAUCAUCAUGCUGGACGUGAUUCAGGUCUGUAUCGACAUCAAUCAGAUCCUCGAGCGCGACAGCCUCGUGCUGGUGGAUGCGGCCGCCGAUGCCAUCCUGUCGAAACGGCCCGAUGCUGUGGAAGUCGCAACGCUGCUGCGUGCCGUCGAACGGAAGGUAGACAUGUUCGAUGACCGGCAGCAAGUCCUGGGAGUACCCAUGACCGCCAACUAUCGGAACUCCAGCUGCUUUUCAGUUUUUGAGGGUGUUCGGAUUUGUGAGGGUGUUGAGGGGUUUUGA